AUGACGCCUGGGAACGAUAUGCCCAUGUCUUCCAUGGCGAAUAGUGAUCCUUUUGGUGUUCGUCCGACUGGCGAAGCUGCUCGAGGUAUAAUCACUCAUCCGGAUGGUGAAGUAUCAAACAUCCCUCCAACGAUGCUGGCCGACCAGUUCGGUAUGGCUGGCCUCGUAACUUAUUUGCGCACCGUCGAUAAUCCAUCGAUAGUGUCGUUGGCACUUGGCUACGACCUCACCACUCUUGGACUGAAUUUGAAUCUUUCUGAACGACAUCUGUACACAUCUUUCGGUGGUCCUUGGGCCGACAACCCGAUUCGACCGCACGAAUUGGAUGUUAAAGUGCCCGAUGAUUACCUGACGAAUGCUCAAAUUCGAGAUAAGCUGCCUCCAGUAAAAUUGAACAAGUUGUCAGAGGAUGUGCUUUUCUAUUUGUUCUACAACUGCCCAGGCGAAGUAUACCAGUUAGCUGCUGCUUGUGAGCUGUAUCAGCGUGAUUGGCGAUUCCAUAAGACCGAUGGUAACUGGUUAACGCGAUCACAGUAUGGUGGUGUUAAAGAGCAAACUGGAUCUUAUGAGAAAGGACAGUACAAUGUCUUUGACCCACUUCAGUGGCGUAAGAUACCAAAAGAGCUGAAACUAGAAUACAAAGAAUUGGAAGAGCGGCCGAAGCUGCCGGCAAUGUUUGGAGGUGGUGGUGGUGGAGCGACUGCGUCCUCUAUGAGUGCGUCAGCGCCUCGUCCAGCGUCGUAG